AUGGCCUCCCGGAACAAACGAGUAAUGAAGGAGAUCCAGGACUGUCAGAAGGAAGCUGCCUCCACCCAAAUCAACAUUCAAAUGAUCGGCGAAGAUCUCUCGAAGUUGCGUGGUCAGUUUCCUGGGCCUGCAAACAGCCCAUACGAAGGCGGCACAUUUGAAGUGGCUAUUGAGGUCCCUCCGAGGUAUCCUUUUGAACCGUUGAAGAUGAAGUUCAUCACCAAAGUCUACCAUCCCAACGUCUCCUCCCAAUCUGGCGCGAUCUGUCUCGAUAUUCUUAAGGACGCCUGGUCCCCCGUCUUAACCCUCAAAACCACUCUCGUCAGCCUCCAGAGUCUGUUGUGUAGUCCUGAACCUAACGAUCCUCAAGAUGCUGAGGUUGCCAAGGUCUAUUUAUCUGAUCGAUCAGUUUAUGAGAGGACAGCCCGUUAUUGGACCGAAAUGUACGCGUCUGGCGGGGCAAAAUCAGGCGGGGGAAAGUCCAGCGGGGGCAAGCAGGGGACGUCUUCGUCAAGCGAGCCACGACCGGCCUCAUCCACGACGCCACAAGCGACAGUAGCCAGCGCGGCAAAGUCUUCCUCGACAGUGUUACCGGGGUCAGCGCGAACGAGGCCGAGCGCGCCCGAGGUCGAGGUACGCACCCUAUCGAGCGACAUGGAGGAUCAGAUCAUGUGCUUCGGCUUGGAUCGGGCCACGGUCACUCGCUUCCAGACGAUGGGCUUCUCGCCUGACCUCGUCAUCAAGGUCCUCAUCGACCUCAAGUACCAACCCCCUUACGUUAACAACGACAAUCUCCAGAUCCCUGAUGAUGAGGUCUUGGAGGCUUUGUUGCUGGUCCAAUAG